GCAUAAUCAGCUUUUGCGUUUGCCAAGGUCAAGAUGGCAGAGGAGAGCGAUGACGAGACGUACUGUCUCUGUAGGAGAGCCUACACCGACGGAGACUUCAUGAUACAGUGCGACAUCUGCAAAGACUGGUUCCACGGAAGUUGUGUGGGGGUAGAGGAGCACCAGGCUGGAGAUAUCGACACUUACCACUGUCCCAACUGCCAGCCUGAACAUGGCCCUCUCACAUUGAAGAGGAGGAGGAACUGGCAUAGACACGACUAUUCUGAGAUCAACGAUGGAGAGAAGGCAGUGCAGAGUGGUACGGUUGUGUUUGUGGACAACUUGAAGAGCAACAAGAAGCUUUGUGAUGACGAGGUAAUGGUGUACUUGCACGGCUCCCAGCUCACGACUCAGUAUUUUGAGAAGCACGGGUUCUCACGACCAAUCAUGAUCAAGAAGAAGGACGGUCUCGGGGUCAAAGUCCCUUCUCCCGAAUUCAGAGUCUGUGAUGUUGAGAAAUAUGUUGGUCCGCUACGUGAGGUGGACGUGAUAGAUGUCAACCGUCAGGACGACCUGUUGAUGAAGAUGAGGGAGUGGACAGAGUACUACGAGUCGACCGGAUCACGCAAGAAGAUCCUCAAUGUCAUCAGUCUAGAAUUCUCUAACACAGAGUUGUCAGAGCUGGUGUCUCCUCCUACUGUUGUGACACGAGAUAGACUGGAUCAACAGACACUGGCCGGACAACCUCCCUGAACACUCACCUCACUCUAGACCUCAGGUUCAAAAGUACUGUCUGAUGAGUGUCAAAGACAGCUACACCGACUUCCACGUGGACUUUGGAGGGACUUCAGUCUGGUACCACAUUCUACGAGGAGAGAAGGUAUUUUACUUCAUUCCUCCGACGGAGGAGAACCUCCUGCGCUAUGAGCAGUGGGUCAUGUCCUCGAACCAGAGCGAGAUCUUCUUCGGAGACAAGGUCCCCAAGUGCUACAAGUGCAACAUCAGUGCCGGCAACACUCUCCUUAUCCCCACUGGCUGGAUCCAUGCUGUGCUGACUCCUCAGGACUCUCUGGUCUUUGGAGGAAACUUCAUCCAUCGCUACAACAUCGGACUUCAGCUCAGGGUGUACGAGAUGGAACUUCGUCUGGAGACUCCACUCAAGUUCCAACAUCCCUGCUACGAGGUCCUCACUUGGUUUGCUGCUCAAAAUCUCCUGAAGGAAAUCAAAG